GGACGUUUGUGUUGUUAGCUUCGGCAGUCAGAGGCAAAGAUAGAGGCGAUCAUGAAUGACUUCAUACAGCUGAAACCGCAAUCCAAUGUGUAUGAAGCAGAAACUAUGGUUGAAGGGACACUGGAUGGUUUCUCCUUUGAUUCGGAUGAGGAAGCUGACAAGUUACCGAAAGCAAACCAAACUGAUCAAAAUGAGCGGGAUGAGGAACAAACCGACAAAAAAGCAAGCGGGAAGACUGACAAAACAUCAGGUAAUGCAAAGAAAAGAGGUAGGAGUGCAGGCGGAAAACCACCUGCACCAAAGAAAAUAAGGAAAAAAGCUCAAGGCUCCAAGAAAGCGAAGACCAAAAGAUGAGUGUUUCACAAUUUGUAUGCGCCAUUCAAGUGUUGACGACAGAUGGAGUUGAAAAUAUAGAAGAUCUGCCAUUAGCGUUCUAAGCAGGCCAUUCUUAAGAUAUUUCUGUUUGAGUCUAUAUUCCAGAAUAACAUUGUUUGUUUGGUUUUCAAUAAAUAUUGUUAUCUUUGAAAAAUAAAUAUUAUCAUCUUUGAUUCAAAUUAGGCGGCUAUUGUUCAUUAAA